AUGCGUCUGUCCACAAGGAACCUGUUGUCUUCUACUACUUUGGAGUUUAAGCUCCUCCUAAGACGACACGUGGAGCACGGCUUCAUCAACGCCUACGCCCCGGCCUCGGUGAUCGUGUUCUUGGCAUGGAUAUCGUUCUGGCUUGACGCUCGCUCGGCUCCAGCCAGGACUGGGCUCGGUGUGACUACCGUCCUCACAAUGCUAUCAGUGAACAUGCGGUCGUCUGAUUCACACCUGGAUUACAUCCGUGCCAUUGACAUCUGGCUGUUUAUGUGCAAGAAUUUUGUCUGCUUCGCCCUGAUGGAGUAUGCCGUUGUUAACUUCCUCGUCACAUCAAGCUCAUCUCAACCCCAAGAUGUUCAACCCGAAAUGGAGGCUGAUCCCAUCGACGAUGGUUUUCUCGGCAACAGAGAGAAGGGAUUCAAGUCCCUGCUACGAGAGGACAAGGACAAACAACAUCUCAACGAUUUCGACGAUGCCACCGAUUCCAAGUGCAAGAAGACGACUUACAACAUACGGAAGGGUUCGUUUUCUGAUGCACAGCUGCCGCGAAAACCACCGAAGACUCGUCAGGAAUACGCGGAUCAACUGGACAGCAUCUGCCGUAUAGCUUACCCCGUAAUGUUUUGCUUGUUUAUCAUAAGUUACGGAGUGUACGUCAGAUACCAGCAAAAUUACGAUAACUGCUGAAUAG